GGAGCGUGGCAAAUAACUGGAUUGAAAUUUACAAUUUCGUCCAGCAACUCACAGAGAGAUUUGUGAGCCCUGAAAUGAGAUUAUCUUUCAUUGUGUUUUCUUCUCAAGCAACCAUUAUUUUGCCAUUAACUGGAGACAGAAGCAAAAUCACCAAAGGCUUGGAGGACUUAAAACAUGUUAGUCCUGUAGGAGAGACAUAUAUCCAUGAAGGACUAAAGCUAGCGAAUGAACAAAUUCAGAAAGCAGGAGGCUUAAAAACCUCCAGUAUCAUAAUUGCUCUGACAGAUGGUAAGCUGGACGGUCUGGUGCCAUCAUAUGCAGAGAAAGAGGCAAAGCUAUCCAGGUCACUUGGGGCGAGUGUGUAUUGUGUUGGUGUCCUUGAUUUCGAACAAGCUCAGCUCGAAAGGAUUGCUGAUUCAAAGGAACAAGUUUUCCCUGUCAAAGGUGGAUUUCAAGCUCUUAAAGGAAUAAUUAAUUCUAUACUAGCUCAGUCAUGUACUGAAAUCCUGGAAUUGCGGCCUUCAAGUGUCUGUGUAGGGGAGGAAUUUCAAAUUGUUUUGAAUGGAAGAGGAUUCUCGCUGGGCAGUCGGAAUGGCAGUGUCCUCUGUACUUACACUGUAAAUGAAACAUACACAAAGAGUGUAAGACCAGUAAGUGUACAGCUUAAUUCUAUGCUUUGCCCUGCACCCAUCCUGAAUAAAGCUGGAGAAACUCUUGAUGUUUCAGUGAGCUUUAAUGGAGGAAAAUCUGUCAUCUCAAGUUCCUUAAUUGUCACAGCCACCGAAUGUUCUAACGGGAUUGCAGCCAUCAUUGUUAUUCUAGUGUUACUCUUACUCUUGGGCAUCGGUUUGAUGUGGUGGUUUUGGCCCCUUUGCUGCAAAGUGGUUAUCAAGGAUCCACCUCCACCACCACCACCUGCACCAAAAGAGGAGGAAGAGGAACCCUUGCCUGCUAAGAAGUGGCCCACAGUCGAUGCCUCUUACUAUGGUGGCCGAGGGGUUGGCGGGAUCAAGAGAAUGGAGGUUCGUUGGGGUGAUAAGGGGUCUACCGAGGAAGGUGCAAGACUGGAGAAAGCCAAAAACGCGGUGGUGACGAUUCCCGAAGAAGCAGAGGUGCCCGUCAGGCCUAGGCCACCUCGACCCAGAUCCAUACACCAGCCUUCUCAGACAAAGUGGUACACGCCGAUUAAGGGCCGUCUUGAUGCUCUCUGGGCUCUGUUGCGGCGACAGUAUGACCGGGUUUCCUUGAUGCGCCCUCAGGAAGGAGAUGAGGGCCGGUGCAUAAACUUCUCCCGAGUUCCAUCUCAGUAAAAGGAAAGCAGGAAGACCAAGAGGGUACGAAGAUGGUGCAUUUUCACAUUGCUGAUUUCCAACCAAAUGAAAUAAUCAAGUGCCUUUCAGAAGCUUUUGGAAGAGCAGCUUAAGUCCUCUCAGUCAGGAGAUGUUUUCUCUGCCUUCUGCUUUGCUUGCACCAAACAUUUGCAAACACUUGUUCUGCCAUCUACAUGGGAGGUGACGAAACUCAAUGAUAACUCAUGAUUCGUGACACUGAAAAUAAAGAGGAACACAUUGAUCUGCAUGCUAUGGUUAUACUACAAGAAAGUUGGUUUGAAUGUGUAGGAGAGGAAAAAGCAGCAACAGCAAAAAUGUGAAGAUAAUAUCAAAACAGGGACCACAAAAUAACUAGCAUGAUGGGAGCCAGGAGAUUUUGACAUGGAAACAUGGCACUUGUGUUUCUGUGUGGCAAGAUCUUUAGCCAUUGGCAGAGUAUGAAAAUUCCCACCAGGCUAAGCAAAUACAGAAGUCCGGCAGCCUUCCAGCUAUGUCGGGUCACAAAAUCCUUCCAAGUCCCUAUCACAUUGUGCCUUAUGGGAGGUUUCUGACUAGAAAAUCUUGUCAUUCUCACACUGAAAAGUGCACACGCAUGACAAAAUGUAGACAGGAUGCCUCAAGGUAUUGGUAGCAAGCAAGAUUUUGCCCUUUCGUUUUUGAAGACACCUUUCUUUUAUUAUGCACUCGGGACAAGAAAAUUAAUAGAGCGUUAUUCCACAGAAAGACAGCCUUCACCCAGGGCUCUUGGAUUGUGAGGGCCUCCCGCUUUGAGAACGUGUCCCCGUGACUGGUAGAUCCCCCUUAUCUAUGUUUAGGAUGUACUUGUGCAUAAAGCAUUAAUAUCUGUAAACAUACCUAGGUUUUGUUUUGCUUUAAUUUAAGGGAAGCAGUAACCACAAAGCUUCCGCUCAGGGUUUUUUCUUCCUUCAAGUCUCCAAGGGCUCUUCAGCGUCACAAGUCAGCAACUCUCUUUGCAUGAAAAUUUCAAAGUUUAAUUAAUAUAAUUAAAGGCAACAGCAAGCAGCAGCCUGUGAAGAUUUUGCUCAUCUUUUUUAUGCCUUUUGACAUUGAAUGACCUAUUACUGUAUGCGCGUUGCUUGGAUUUUGAGGCGCACUCCAUCUUGGCUAUGAUUCAGUAGAGGAAAAAGGCCUCCUUUCUUCAUUUGUAAAUUAAAUCUUCAGGAGGUACGCCAUCACAAAGCAUUGACGAUGUAUGUAUUAUAAUUUUUUAGAAAAACCACCAUUGUGUCACGUCGACGAUGCCAAAUUAUGUUAGCGUGAGCAGAAACACUGUGGGGGAGGGAGGCAGCAACUGAAGGAAAAGGCUCAAAUGAUCCAGUCACUUUCGAUACUGUACUUCAGAUGCGAAAUGGAUAUUCGACUCGAAACCUGACAAAGCGCGCCUGCUUUGAUGUGAACUGGUAUAGACAAUGACCAGUGGCUGGGUCAGUGGGAUGUCUCUCUGCGAGCACAAAGGCUUAUCAAAUGACACUAAAAAUAAGUUCAACAACCAUCACAUUGGAAGGGAGAAGGCGAACAUUUCAUGUUUGGCGGGCAUGUGAGUGCACAAGAUGGAAAGAGCGAUUGGAGCAUCCUGGUGUAAUUACCCCUAUUGUGCUCUUAAUGGCAAUUUCAAAGGAUGGAAGUGAUUCUGUUGGUUGGUGUCCAGGUUUGUGGCACUGUUCCAAGAAGCUUUACGCACACACACAAAUAUAUAAAUAUGUAUAUCCUUUAGCUUGAAACUCUUGCUCAAGUUUAUUUAUGUCACUGGCUGGCUGGAUCCAAAGUCAUGUGUCCACAUAUUCAUAAAUAAAAAUUUUACCUGUG